AAAGUGAAAGUAUAUGAUUGUCAUGGUUUAAUACUCUCUGCAUAGUUUUUCAGCUGAGAGGCCUGAUAGCGGUCAACUGUAAUAUUCGACUAAACGACUUCCAUCAGAAGUUCAAUCAAAAUUAAUGGGAAUUAAAUCAAAAGGAUAUUUCUCAGUUUUUUGGGGGAUUAUAACGGUGUGUUUUUGAAAGUCAUCAUGUCCUUUGCACCUGAAGAAAUAAUCCCAUACGAACCUGAGAUUUAUCGACCACCAGUGGAGUUAUAUUCAUUUUUCACCAAUAUUGGAGAACUUCACGAUGAGCAUGGCUGGGAGUAUCACUCUGACCGGGGCAUGCACCAGAGUGACAUGUUGGAAAUCUCCACACAAGGAAAUCACCUGACAGAGCUCCAGAGUGUCCAUUCCCAACAGCUCCUCCACCCCUAUCGCUACCCCGAUACCGACACCCUCCAUCUGCCUCUAGGAGACCCAGGACUGGGACCCUUAACCCCACAGAUGCCGUACUACAACCACACAGUGUAUUACCAGCAACAGGCCCCUGUGUCCCCUAGCUACUACUGCUCAGAGGAGGAGGAACCUGUGGGUCACAGUCCUCCACUGGAGGUAUCUGAGGGUGAUGAAGAGGACUACAGAGACCAUGUCCCCUUUGGAGGAGACUCCAGUAACAAGAGGAAGAUCCGGCUGUACCAGUUCCUCCUGGACAUGCUGAAGAACGGAGACAUGAAGGACAGUAUGUGGUGGGUGGACAGAGAGAAAGGAAUCUUCCAGUUCUCCUCUAAAAACAAGGAGACUCUGGCCAAUCGCUGGGGCACGCAGAAAGGAAACAGGAAGAGGAUGACAUAUCAGAAGAUGGCCAGGGCCAUGCGGAACUACGGCAAGACGGGAGAAAUCAGAAAGGUCAAGAAGAAACUGACCUAUCAGUUCAGUCCGGAGGUACUGAGGAAAGUCUUGACUACAGAGAGGAGGCACUACCCUCACUAGUAGUACCAGAGAUUGUUCAUGUAAUGCCACUGUAUACGGGCUUUGGGAGUAGGCCUAACCUCACUAGUAGUACCAGAGAUUGUUCAUGUAAUGCCACUGUAUACGGGCUUUGGGAGUAGGCCUUAACCUCACUGCUAUGUCUUGAAAAUAGGACAAUAAUGACUCUCUACUGUAAUUGUUUCUGGGGUAUCAUUUUAAAUGUAAUGAAAUACAAUCAGGUAUCAUUAAACAUGUUGAUGUUUAGAUUUUUGUUAUUGGUGUUAGCAUAUUCCAUGUUUAUUUAUUUACUUAACAAGUCGUCAUGUUUUGUGUUACAUAAUCUCACUCUUGACUCUAUCUUUGUGUCUGUGACGGGAAAAAUAAAUAAAGUAUAUUUUCCGUAUGCUCUAGUUCCCAGAAAAUCUGUCAGUGGGAACGGAAGAAAGAUCAAAACCUCAAACAAUUGCAACAUUCGUCUAUUGUGACUGAGUAAAGAAGAGGCACAUAGUUACAGCAAUCCUUCCUGUUUCUCUGUUAUGUUAUUAUCUGCCUUCAACCUCGUCAUCUAUCUGAUCACGUCAGUUGUUGAUGAACAGGAAAGCCAUCACAUGUCAGUUUUGGGGUGUAGGUCUAGUUUGGACAAGAGUUCUGAAACAAGGGAUGUGUGUGUGUGUGUGUGUGACACGUCUCACUCCCUUUUAAAUUUAAUCUAGAGAGUAAAUUACAGUCGUUAGUUAGUGCUUCAGCAGGAACCCAGAGGCUUGUAGACCUAAAAUAAAAUAUUGCUAUUGUAACGAUGUAUUUAAGUUGAUAAAUUCCUGCAUAAAAUGGGUAUUAUGCCACCUCCUGGUAGAUUAGUGUGUUUACAUUGUCUAAUGGGUCAGUGAUAAAAAGGUAUGGGAUUCUGGGUAAUCCACAGCAGAUUUAUGGAGAAUUGCUGUGGGUGUGUUGAAAAUGGAAUGGUCUUGAGAUAGAAAUGUAUAAAAUUGAGAUUACGUUAUAAAAUCCACCUUUUACAUCGUACAUUAGCAAUUUAUGUUAUUAGUAACUACUGUUGUUGAUUUGGCGUCAAAUAAAUGUUAUUAUGUUA